UAACAUUUGAAUAAAAAAUACAGGAGACCUGAAUGAAAACAGAACUAUUGAAAUGAUUUGUUUCCAAAACAAAAAAAUGCUUUUUGCAAUAAAAGAAUCAGCAGAAAAAAUUGGGUGUAGCAGAUCAACCUUUGGAUUUUAACAAAGAAACAGCAAAAAUGUCUUCCAGAAAAACUGUAAGCCGUCGUGGGACCACCAAGAAGCGUGCCCAAAGGGCCACUUCGAACGUUUUUGCUAUGUUCGACCAAGCCCAGAUAGCGGAAUUCAAAGAAGCCUUCAAUAUGAUCGACCAAAACCACGAUGGUUUCGUAGAUAAGGAAGACCUCCACGACAUGUUGGCCUCUUUAGGUAAAAACCCAACUGAUGACUAUCUGGAUCAUAUGAUGAAUGAAGCACCUGGUCCCAUUAACUUCACAAUGUUCCUGACACUGUUUGGAGAACGUCUUCAAGGCACUGAUCCUGAAGAUGUGAUCAAGAAUGCUUUUGGUUGCUUUGAUGAAGAAAACUCUGGUGUAAUUAAUGAAGAACGUUUGAGGGAGCUUCUUACUUCAAUGGGUGAUCGGUUCACUGAUGAUGAGGUUGAUGAGAUGUAUAGAGAGGCCCCAAUCAAAAAUGGACUGUUUGAUUACGUUGAAUUUACUCGUAUCUUGAAGCAUGGAGCUAAAGAUAAGGAUGAACAAUAAUUUCCAAAUGAGAUAAAUUCAUCAAAUUGGGCAUAUUUCAUAUAUCUUGACUAAAUUAUAUUUUGUGAUCCACAAAGUUCCCAGAACUAACCAUACAAUUUACCUUUCAGGUAUCUAACUAUACUAUGUUUUCCAAAAAAACAAAAUAUCUAUCUAGAAUUUUAUUAAACAUUUGAAUAUUUUUUCUAUUGCCGAUACAAUUUUGAAUCACUGUUCUCUUGAUUGGUUAAUCAUUAAAGUUUUUUGUACUAUUAAUAACUUUUUUAUAGUAAACCUUAUAGCAUUUAAUACAAUUCUGAAUUUUCAGAGUAUAUGCAAAUUAAUUGAAUUAUUGUAUGCAGAAUUAUGGUGAAAUCAUUUAUUGUCGUUUGGGUCUCCUGGAUUAUUGUAUGUAUAUUUGUUAACCCUUAUCAUUAUCAAUUAUACAUUGAAACCAUUUACUUAUGCAU